AUGUCGAGUAAUAUCCUCGGAAGUUUAACCGCGUUUGACCACAAUUCCCAGGAAUGGGAGAUUUUUAAAAGCAGAUUAGUACAAUAUAUUAAGUUAAAUGGGGUGACGGAGGCAAAUAAGUGUGCCUUGCUUUUAACUCACUUAAGUGACGAGACAUUCCGACUGGUGAGGAACUUAGUGCAUCCGAAGAAGGUCGAGGAUUCUAAGUUCGAGGAGCUAGUAGCAGUGUUAGAUAAACAAUUAGCGCCAAAACGUUGUAUUUUCGCCGAACGGGCGAAAUUUUAUGAGGCGACGCGUGACGUUGCAGAAAACAUCGAACAAUGGGCGGCUCGAGUAAGUGGACUUGCAGUAUGAUGCGAGUUUGGAGCCUCCUUGGAUGAGCUGCUUAGGGACAGAUUCGUGCUGGGGCUGAGCGUAGGCCCAGAGCGCGACCGGCUGUUCGAGCAGGAUGCCACGUUGACGUUCGCGAAGGCCGUGGAAGUGGCCCAGAAGGCUGCGUAUGCCAGGAGCGCACGUACUACGUCUGUUCCAGCUGCCGUCGUGCAAGUCAAGCAGGAGCCGAUGUACCGGGUUGGUACAAGUCGCCCUGGUACCGGGGGGUCCUCGGACUCUCGACGCUGCUCCGUGUGCGGCCUUAAGAGCCACGACGCCAGUAAAUGUAAAUACAAGAACUACCGCUGCCAGGGGUGUGGACAAAAAGGGCAUCUAAAAAAGGUGUGCAGCGCUGAGAAGGCAAAACAGUGUCGUGUUAACUGCAUUCAAGCUGACCUCGACGGAUCAGCUGAGGUCUCUCAGAGUGCUGAAGGUUGCAAGGAGUGCGAGCUAUUUAAUUUAAGGUACGUUAACUAUUCACCAAUAUUAUUGGAUGUGGACCUUAACGAUAAAACCUUAACAAUGGAACUUGAUUGCGGUUCAGGCGCGAGUGUGAUAAGUGAUAAAUUAUAUUAUAAAACCUUUUCGGACUCUAAAUUAAAGAAAUGCGAUUUAAAAAUGUGUUUCUACAAUGGUCAUCAAGUCGCGCCACUGGGCUAUUUCACUACAAAAAUAACAUAUUUUAAACAAACGCACGACAUAGAUAUUUAUGUAAUGGAGGAUGGUAGUCGUUUAGGUCUAUUGGGCCGUGAUUUUAUGACCAAAUUUAACAUGUACUUUGCAAUUGAUAAACAAAGAAUUAAUUUUGUUAGUUCGGAAUCGUUUCAAAGUGAGCUACCGCGGUUGCUAAGCGAAUAUUCGAGCCUUUUCAAUGAAGACUUAGGAAAAUUUAACAAAUUUCAAGUAGAAUUGAGAUUAAAAGAUAAUGCUACGCCUAAAUUCUUUAAACCUCGUACGGUCCCUUUUGCUAUUAAAAAUAGGGUAGAGGAAGAAAUUGAUAGGCUUGUUGGUUUAGGUAUAUUGGUACCCGUAAAUUUUUCUAAAUAUGCGACACCUAUAGUGCCGGUUUUAAAGGAAAACGGUAAAAUAAAGAUAGCGGGUGAUUUUUCCGUAACGCUCAAUAAAGAUAUGAUAAUAGAUAGGUAUCCUAUGCCCCGUAUCGAAGAGGUGUUUGCGCGGCUCGGUGGCGGUAACCGUUAUACGAAACUCGACCUUAGUAACGCAUAUAAUCAAUUCGUUCUAUCAGACGACUCACAAGAGCUCACUACUAUAAAUACAUCAAAAGGGUUAUACAAGUAUACGAGGCUCGUGUAUGGACUAGCUAACGCGCCGGCUAUUUUCCAACGCACAAUGGAGACACUCCUAGUAGGUAUAGAAGGAGUCAGCUGUUGGCUCGAUGACGUAUGCAUUAUGAGGUAUACGGGGAGCACAAAAUUUGACAGCAAUGUAAGAAAAGGUGAGGACGAUGACAAGUAUACGUGGUUCACUUCGCCACCGCCCUCGGCAUCGCCGCCAUCUUCGCCACCGUUACCACUUGAUCCGCCUCCUUCUCCAGCGACUGUCACUCAGCGGUCGGAUUCAGUUUCCAGUCAAAUAGAAAGUGAGGAGUGUAACACAGAGUUACAGGUGGAAAAAGAGGCGGAGCAGAGUUCCGGUCCGGAUGUGGAACCUGCAUCCUCAUCCGUCGCGGAUAGCGCCCCCGCGCCGCCGCUACGGGUGGGCCCCACCUUGAGGCCUAGAACUAAGAAAAUAGACUAUACCUUGUAA